GCUUCCGGUGUAAUUGUCAACAGACCACGCUUGUCUUUUUUAGUGAACAUGCCGAAGACUCAGAAAGGAAAAGCGGCGGAAAAAGUUGUUCACCCUUACAGCAGGAAAGCUGCUUAUCUCGCCCGAGAGGAAAACAAACAGAAAAAGAAAAACAGGUUGAAGAACGAAAAAGCAGCACGGCUAAAUAACAUUGGUGACAAGCUUUUAUGGUUUCAAAGUCAGCUGGACCCAACAAAGGCAAACUACACCCAGAAUGAUGCCUGUGACAUUAUUGAAAGGUACCUCCACAGAUUUGAUUCAGAGUUGGAGCAGAUUGAGUUAGUGAAUGGGAUCAAGGGUCGGCAGGGUCGUCUUCAUGGUGCCAGAGAAGCUGUCAUCAAACAGACUUUAGAGCGAGAGCGGGAGCAGUAUGACGGAGUCGGGUUCGAAAUCCCUGACAUCAUCAAUGCAAAACAUCUGAAAACAUUCAGAGAGUGGACAGGAGAUCUGAAGAAACUUCCAAAUAUCAAGCUGCGAAAAGUGUCAAGUAAAGAUUUGGACACAAAGCGUGAAGCAGAGGAUGAGAACAAGGAAGAUGAAGAUGAAUUGGACAGUGCGCAGAUGGAUGAGAUGGUGUAGACGUCAGACUCCUAAUACUUCAUGCUGAAGUUUCUAUGCAGCCGGGACAUUAAACUGAACUUUUUUAACUAAGAUUUUACAUCAGAAAAACGAAUGAAGACAUUGCUGUUCCCCAUUUGUCCAGGAGAUGGCGCUAAAGUCAAAGACACAUAAAAACCAGGCUGUCAUUUCACCAGGCAGUAACUUCACACCAGCUUUAUAAAGGUUCUACAUUCAUUGUUUAUUGCACAAACAUAUUUCAUCUGUGUUUAUGAUUAGAACUGAAAAUAAAAGCCUUAAAUGUUGUGAAUGAAAGCAGAACGUGUACGUUCUGUGAUGCAGGAAAACAAAUCUGCAGAAAAGUGAACAAGAAUUUAAAAAAAAAACUCCCUUUGAGCUGAGCUGAGACAAACAACUAUAAACUUCAAACAUGAUCAAGUAUAACUAUUUAAGUAAUGGUUACAUUACUGUUAAUGACUUCCUGAUAAAAACUCAAAACUAAACAUAAAUGACCUAACUUAGACUUAGCUUAAAUAAUUUUUUAAAAUUCCCUAAUCAGAUGAAACAUUUAAUUUAAAAGUUGUAGCUCUUAAUAACUCAGUGUGUGAAAACAUGACUGUCCAGAUGAGUGUUUUAAGGCUUCAGUAUGCUUCAGGGGAAAAAAGGUGCUUUUCAGGUGUUCUCUAGAACGUCACGUAAACACUUGUUUGGACUUUGUUGGGCGCUAAAAUGGCUUUUUGUGGAGAAAAGAUGCAUUCACAGUUUUAGAUCAAAUAUAUUUCCGUAAAAGCUUACAGAAGGUAAGUUAAACAAAGUGGAGGGAUUUAAUUUGUACAUAUGAAACUUGAAUGUCAGUUAAAGUGCAGUUAGGAGCUCAGCGUUUGUUUUCAUUCAUCAGUAAAAAAUGUAUUUCAACAGUCGUGAGUUUUGGUUGAAGCAUAUUGAGACCUGUAACAAAAAGUUCGACAUCUUUUACGUCAAUACAGAUUUUAAAAGUGCGUACAAAUAAAAUGACAUCAUUCUGUUUA